GAUAACGCAACCCACCGAACUUGGGGCCGCGUCGUCGCAUCGCGAUCCACACAUCCUUGCUUCUUUAGAGUGCUAGAGUGUCUACCCUUCCCAGGCCCUUUCUCUUCCCUGGCUUGAUCCACACACCAUCUUGAUUCUUGAACAGGCCAUGGCCGUGUCCUGGCUUUUUAUUGUAAACUUUGCCUUAUCUAGACGCCUCGUCCGUCCUCUUAUUGCCCACCCUAACGCCAUGUUACCAACUAUUGUACCUUGUUUAAACUGGUAAAACCUUCGUAUUAGUAGCUCCCCCUACCUUGAUUUGCUCUGCAUAUUAGCUACGGUUCAUAUCUCGAGCAACCUUCCAGACUUUCCAAGCUUAUCCUUUCUUUUUCCCAUGAGCUGCUAGCAGCUAGACAGCUCUGCAUUGCAUUGCUUCAGCUGUCCUAAUACCUUAUCGUCGCGAAUCUCACGUGGAAAAGAGAAAAAGAAAUAAAAACAUUGCGCGUUGGACUCGAAUGAUAAUAUCGCCAUCACAAACGAACCAUUCACAAAGCUAGCUACGAUGCGAUUAGCCGGCGUAAUUGUCGCCGCAGCUUUACCAGCCGUCCUUGCUGCUCAACAAAGAGUUUUGACCCACUCGACAAGUAUGAAAAUUGAGGAUGCGCCUGGGUCGGUGGCUUCUACACCUGUUCUGGUCAACUCUUCAGACUCGCUCGCGCGACCUUCAAAACCAUUAACAACCGUCGCUGCGGAGAAGCCGGCAUUAGAAGCUUCCGUAAUGGGUCUCAUCGUCUUUUCGGCUGCCGGACUUUAUCUACUAUGAAUUAGGGACUAGGGAGGGCUAUCGACCAUUUUGCAUUUUCACCGGCGU